AUGUUCCAGACCAAAGCCGAAAGAAAUAGGAAAUACCGCAAACGUGGAGGUGUCAAAGUACGGAAGCGUAAACAGGCCGCAAUAGCACGGGAUCUAAAUCAGAUCAACGAACUAAUAGAGUUGGCAUAUAAAACAGCCAAUCUCUCCGAAUCCACAACCUUAUCACACAACCAGAUUGACUCUACCUGCCCCUUUUCGCCGCCAACACCUCAAAGUUCUCAUUCCCCAGGUGACAGUCCUUCACCUACCGACACCUUGUCUCCGGUACUUUUACCACAGUUUUCGAAACACCAGCAUUUCACCAAUCACCCCACAAGUCAUCAGGGUACAUCCACCUCCCCUGCAUCCCCCGAAGUCAUCGACCUUACUACGGAACCCGACACCUAUUCACCGGGUUUGCCAACCAUCCAACCUCCAAAAUUCAACGGAGAGCUUCUUGAGUGGCAAUCUUUUAAAAAUAUGUUCAUAUCCGUUGUCAACAAGGAAGGUGUCAACGAGAUUGACAAGAUGCACUAUCUUCUCCAAAGCCUGCCUUACUCUCUCGUUGCUAACGUGGAGAUAAUAGACAUUGCAUUUGCCACGGCCUGGCAAACUCUGACCACUAGCAUACCUAAAAUGGCGUCGCGAUCCGCCAAAGAGAUCAACUACAUCAUGAACACUACGUCUGAGGUUUUCAACGCCCUGAACGCUCUUGGAUCGCCAGUCAAUCAAUGGGAUCACAUUAUUGUGCACUACAUUACCCAAAAGCUGGAUCCUCUGACUCGAGAGGACUGGGAAAUCACGCUUGGAGCUGCCACAGAUUUUCCGACCUAUGAGCGCCUCAAAAGCUUCUUGCUAGCCCGUGCACGAGCUCUUGAAGCCAUGGAAGGACGUCUCCCAGUAAAACCACGUGACCCCAAGGCCAAAAGGAAUUCCUCGAGUGGUAGUAAAGCUACCUACGGUUCCAAGCUAUCAUCUGCGCAUGUCCAUAUGGCCAGUUCAUCAUUGCAGAACACCACUACGGUCACUGGACAGUUUGCUACACCACAAUCACCUCCUGGAUUGAUCGCUGGAGGACCUCCAAGACCACAACGUUCUUGUUCGUGCUGUGGUGAAGCACACUUCAUCGUAUCGUGCCCAACGUUUCAAAACUUAUCGCCGAACGAGCGUCAGCAGCAAAUUACCUCCAAGUCGUUGUGUCCCAACUGUCUUGGACCACAUUCUUUCGAGAAUUAUUGCAGCAUAAAACGCUGUCGGUUCUGCCAAGCAGCGCAUCAUUUCAUGCUGCAUAACUCUACGCUUCUCAGCUCACACACCAACAUCAACCUCAUCAUCGCCCAUCGCAUCAUCGUCCUCGCCAUCGCCUAUCGCUGCAUCGCUACUCUCGUCGCAACAAGAUCGCUCUUCGUGCUACACAGCCUCAUCAUCAAGACCGCUGGUGUUGUUGGCUACAGCAUGAGCUCUCAUCGUAUCACCAACAAAUCGUCCUCGCCCAGAAGUGUACCUUCAGGAUCAACCAAGGGUGCUGUUGAUAUAACUUUACGAUCCAAUCAUUCUGACGACCAGAUUGAUCUACAUGUGCAUGUCAAUCCUGGAACCACAUUGCAGAUAUCACCAGGUCGGAUUGACAUCCUCAUUGGAGCUGACUCCUAUGGCUCAAUCAUUAAACCUGGAGUAAUCACGGGAAACCCGAACCAGCCCAUCGCCAUUCAGACUGUCUUUCGAUGGGCUGUUUUUGGACCAGCUGGUCCAUCUUCUAUCACCGCGCCUGCACAUCAAGGUCACCUCAUUUCAAACUUGCAGCUUCACGAACUUGUUUCGAGAUUUUGGGAGCAGGAAGAAGUUCCAGCGUCUCACCAAGAAUCUCUCAGUGCUGAAGAAGUCGAGUGUGAAGCUCACUUCAUCGCCACGCACUCUCGCGACAGCUGCGGUCGCUACAUCGUGCGAUUGCCCUUCAAAUCCAAUGCUCCUCCACUUGGAUACUCGAAAGGUAUCGCACAACGAUCUCUAUCUCGACUACUUCAUCGCAUCGUCCAUCAACCUAAUCUUCACCGCUUGUACACGGAGUUUCUCACCGAAUACGAGUCCCUGGGUCACAUGGAGAAAGUCCAAUAG